CAUCUGUCUUUACAAAAUUAAGCUUUGAAGAGACAAUUGAAUUGUUUAAAGUGUUAAACAAUAUAUGGGUUCGGCCCACACCAGCCAAAAUUGUCAAAAUCGAUGAACGAAAGAAUGCUUUCAUGUCAGGAAAUUGUCUCCAAUCGGUUGUAAACUAUGCAUAACCAGUUGUACGUUGGUUUCACAACGGUACUUCCACUGCAUAAAUGAAACCGGAACCACCGGAACGGCGACGAAGGACGCCAAAUGUUCGCCUGAGAAGAUCAUCUCAGGCGGGAAUUUGUUGCCUGUUCUCCGGAGAUAUGUUGCGCGGCUACUUUUCGGAAAUCAGGUUCUCCCUUGUCCUUCGCCGUCUUCGCACUGCCGCGUUGGUCGUCGUCGUUUUUGGCUUCUUUUAUGUCGUUUUCAAUCGAGCCUUCGAUCACGACCGGAUCCUGUUCCCAGACUACUUUGUUCCAUCGACUCACAUAUUCCCUUCCUUGCUCUCUGAUUCCUUGCUGGACAGUGGUGACACAAAUCUAGAAACAGUGUUAAAGGAAGCUUCCAUGGAAGACAAAACGGUUAUUCUAACAACUCUAAAUAAAGCAUGGGCAGAUCCGGAAAACUCAAUUCUGGAUCUAUUUUUGGAAAGUUUUAGAAUUGGUUACAAAACAAGCAGACUUUUAAAUCAUUUGGUGAUUAUUGCCCUUGAUCAGAAAGCUUUUAUGAGCUGUAAACGUGUACACUCUCAUUGCUUUGCUCUUGUUACUGAAGGAUAUGAUCUCUCUCAUGAAGCCUAUUUUAUGACCCCUGAUUAUUUGAAGAUGAUGUGGCUUAGAAUUGACUUUCUUCGUUCUGUUCUUGAAUUGGGAUACAACUUUCUCUUCACGGAUGCUGAUGUCAUGUGGUUCCGGGACCCGUUCCCUCAUUUCCACCCAAACACAGAUUUCCAAAUCGCAUGCGACCAUUACUCUGGAAACUCAACCGAUCUAAAAUCCAAUAUUCCAAACGGAGGCUUUUCAUUUGUGAGGUCAAACAUUCGGUCAAUACAAUUUUACAAAUUUUGGUACACAUCAAGAGAAUUAUACCCAAAUUUACACGAUCAAGAUGUCCUCAACAACAUCAAAUUCCAUCCUUUUUUAAUCGAAAUUAAAUUACAAAUAAAGUUUUUAAGCACUUCGUAUUUCGGUGGAUUUUGUGAACCUAGUAAAGAUUUAAACAAAGUUUGCACAAUGCAUGCGAAUUGUUGUGUGGGACUCGGGAAUAAAGUUCAUGAUCUUAAAAAUUUGCUUCAAGAUUGGAAAAAAUUUAUGGCGCUUCCUCCUCGGUUGAAAAUGUCACCAACGCCGUCUUGGAGACCGCCGAAUAAUUGCACUCUUGCAUUGCGACGCCACUUUAAUAUGUCAGGAAUUGGAAAUGGAACCAGAAUAGACACAUUGAGAUUAAGGAACUUCUCAAGAUCGCGGGAAGGCGACGACUUGAUUGUACACACGAGAUGA